GAUGGGUGCAGUCCUGGGUCUCUCCCCAGUGUCCUUUCAGUGAGGCCAGCACCAUGGACACCCCACAGGCUCUACCGCUCUUCCUACUCCUGGCCUCCUUGGUAGGGGUCCUCACCCUCAGAGCCUCUUCUGGACUUCAGCAAACCAACUUCUCCUCUGCCUUCUCUUCGGACUCAAAGAGCUCUUCCCAGGGGCUGGGUGCAGAGGUUCCCUCCAUCAAACCUCCCAGCUGGAAACUUCCGGAUCAGUCCCUGGAUUCAAAAGGCUCUGCUGGAAUCUCUGAUUCCAGCUGGUUUCCUGAGGCCCUGAGUUCCAACAACAUGUCUGGGUCCUUCUGGUCAAAUGUUUCUGCUGAGGGCCAAGAUUUGAGCCCGGUUUCCUCCUUCUCUGAAACCCCUAGUUCUGAAGUAUUUCCUGAUAUUUCGGACCCUCGAGUUCCUGCCAAAGACCCCAAGCCUUCCUUCUCUGUUAACACCCCAGCUUCAAACAUUUCUGCUCAAGUCUCCAACACCAAACUCUCUGUUGAGGCCCCAGAUUCAGAAUUCUCCCCUGAUGAUAUGGAUCUUCAACUCUCUGCCCAGAGCCCUGAAUCCAAACUUUCUGCAGAGACCCACUCAGCUGCAAACUUCCCCCAGCAGCUAGGGGACCCACUCGCUGUGCUGGUGGGAACUACCAUCCGGCUCCCCCUGGUCCCAGUCCCCAGCCCUGGGCCCCCCACCCCUCUGGUGGUCUGGCGCCGGGGCUCUAAGGUGCUGGCAACUGGAGGCCUGGGGCCAGGGGCACCUCUGAUCAGCCUGGACCCUGCUCACCGAGACCGCCUGCGAUUUGACCAGGCCCGGGGGGUUCUGGAGCUCGCCUCUGCCCAGCUGGACGAUGCAGGGGUCUACACGGCUGAGGUCAUCCGGGCAGGGGUCCCCCGGCAGACUCGCGAGUUCACGGUGGGUGUGUAUGAGCCCCUACCCCAGCUGUCGGUUCAGCCCAAGGCUCCAGAGACAGAGGAGGGGGCGGCCGAGCUCCGGCUGCGCUGCCUGGGUUGGGGACCCGGUCGCGGCGAGCUGAGCUGGAGCAGGGACGGACGCGCCCUGGAGGCGUCGGAAUCCGAGGGAGCCGAGCCGCCCCGGAUCCGCUCAGAGGGCGACCAGCUGCUCAUCGCGCGCCCUGCGCGCAGCGACCACGCCCGGUACACUUGCCGCGUCCGCAGCCCCUUCGGCAGCAGGGAGGCUGCCGCCGACGUCAGCGUCUUCUACGGCCCGGACCCGCCGAUCAUCACCGUCUCCUCGGACCGCGACGCCACGCCUGCCCGCUUUGUCACCGCGGGCAGCAACGUGACCUUGCGCUGCGCUGCCGCCUCGCGGCCGCCCGCCGACAUCGCGUGGAGCCUAGCGGACCCGGCCGAGGCCGCGGUGCCCGCGGGGCCGCGCCUCCUGCUGCCCGCGGUCGGGCCGGGCCACGCAGGCACCUACGCCUGCCUGGCAGCGAACCCGCGAACCAGCCGCCGCCGCCGCUCGCUGCUCAACCUCACUGUGGCGGACCUGCCCCCCGGGGCUCCACAGUGCUCAGUUGAAGGAGGUCCCGGGGACCGCAGCCUCCGCUUCCGCUGCUCGUGGCCCGGCGGGGUCCCUGCCGCCUCCCUGCAGUUCCAGGGUCUCCCCGAAGGCAUCCGCGCGGGGCCAGUGUCCUCUGUGCUGCUGGCGGCCGUCCCCGCCCACCCCCGGCUCAGCGGCGUCCCCAUCACCUGCCUUGCUCGCCACCUGGUGGCCACGCGUACCUGCACAGUCACGCCGGAGGCCCCCCGAGAGGUACUGCUGCAUCCGCUGGUGGCAGAGACACGGUUGGGGGAGGCAGAGGUGGCACUGGAGGCCUCUGGUUGUCCCCCACCCUCUCGGGCAUCCUGGGCCCGGGAAGGGCGUCCCCUGGCUCCAGGAGGCGGGAGUCGCCUGCGGCUCAGUCAAGAUGGGCGGAAGCUCCACAUCGGCAACUUCAGCCUGGAUUGGGACCUGGGAAAUUACUCCGUGCUGUGCAGUGGGGCGUUGGGAGCUGGCGGUGACCAGAUCACCCUCAUUGGACCCUCCAUAUCCUCGUGGAGGCUUCAGAGAGCCAGAGAUGCAGCCGUGCUGACUUGGGAUGUAGAGCGCGGGGCCCUAAUCAGCAGUUUUGAGAUCCAGGCAUGGCCAGAUGGGCCUGAUCUGGGCAGGACUUCCACCUACAAGGACUGGGUCUCCCUGCUCAUCCUGGGGCCUCAGGAGCGGUCAGCUGUGGUGCCCCUUCCACCUCGGAAUCCAGGGAUCUGGACCUUUCGGAUCCUGCCCAUCCUGGGGGGCCAACCAGGGACUCCAUCACAAAGCCGGGUCUACCAGGCCGGCCCCACAUUGAGCCACGGGGCCAUUGCCGGCAUCGUCCUGGGCUCCCUACUGGGCCUGGCGCUGCUAGCCGUACUUCUCCUCCUUUGCAUCUGCUGCCUGUGCCGCUUUCGUGGAAAGACUCCUGAGAAAAAGAAGCAUCCUUCUACCUUGGUCCCCGUGGCCACCCCCUCAGAAAAGAAGAUGCACAGUGUGACCCCAGUGGAGAUUUCAUGGCCUCUGGACCUCAAAGUCCCGCUGGAGGACCACAGCUCAACUAGGGCCUACCAAGCCACAGACCCCAGUCCAGUUGUCUCUGUAGGUGGGAGCUCAAAGACUGUUCGGGCAGCCACACAGGUGUGAUCAGAGCCAGUGGCCUGCCCUGCACAGGGCAUUUUGGGCCAGAACUUCCUAUUUCACUCCAGCAGCAGGCAGGGCCUGCUAUGACUGAGGGUUGGACCCUGAAAGUGGGACUUUCUGUCUCCCUCUCUUGCUGCAGAAGAAGAGUCUUCCUGUAUUUGUGCAAGUAAGGAGAUGUGACUUCUUGGCUGGGAAACUCCUGCUGAUAUCACUGUGUGGUUUGCACAACGUCCAAGCCUCUGCAGCAGACAGGCAGGGCUUGCUGUGUUGCUCUGAGCUAGAGAGGGAGCUUAGCCAUGCUCUCUGAAAGGUCCCCCUACAUUCACUUUGCCACAUGUAGACCACACCCCAUCCAGCUCCCAGCAUCUUCAUCUUAAAACAGAUCAGAUCAUGUCCCUCUUCUCUUUAAACACUUCUAUGGCCUGUGCAUUUCCCUUCAGAUAUUAUCCAAACUCCUCGUCGUGACCUUCAAAAAUCUUGUGGUCUGGCCUCUGUUGGCCUCCCUGACCUCCCCUCCCAAUUCUUUCUCUGCCCCGUGACUCCAGUAUCACAGGCUGUCUCUCAGCCACAAUUUAUUUUGCCCCUAGAGUUUGCUCUGCUGGUAACACUUCUUUUUCCCUUAUGUCAUUCAUUCCUCAAGUCUAAGAGUAACAAUUGCCAUCUUAGACGACCAUUCCCCUACCCCUCCCUUAGUCUUGGGUUAAGUCCCAGAAUCCUUGAAUAUGCCAUUUCUGAUACAUAAAUAUGUAAUUACUUGUGUGGCCUGAGACUCUCUGUCUAAACUAAGGGCUUUACGAAAGCAGACACCACAUCAUUAUCUCAGCACUUAACCCAGAGCCUGGCACACAGCAGGCAAUCAAUAAAUAUUUGUUGACUGAUCAGAUGUUUUGGUGCUGGUGAAGAGCUGGGCUUGCUGCUGCUGUCUUCAGCGUAAGUCUUGCUUUUUCGGCUGGGUCUCUAAUUGAGAAUUUAGAGAGUGCCUUGGUGAGGAUUCUUUGGACUGCAAGUAACAAAAUAAAAUGGUGGCAGGAAAUAUGAA